CGAAGAGCUGUGUCAGUAAGUGUAAACAAGGACAUUCGCUGCAGCACAGUCGACGGACUUUUAAAUCGUGCAACUCCUCAUCUUUCGGGCGAGGUUAGGAAGCUGCUUCACUUGCUGUGCAACAAGACAGCAUCGUCACAUUACGAAUCUUACGUGUGCGAUUCCCAUCACUGACAACCAAGAUGUUGCAAUGCUUUCACUUCAUGGUGGAACCUAUCAAAAACAUCGCCGUUCAAAUAAAGGCAUCAAAUGUGAAAUCUAAGAAAAAGAAGACGACGGACAACUUGGAUGAAGACCAGCUAUUGAUUAUUCAACUGGCGAGAGAUCUUGGUCGAGUAUGCCAGGAUUCAACAGUCCUGGAGCUCAUCUGGAACCAACAUGAGAUCUGGCCAACUCCUCUCUGCUGGUUCUUUAUUCUUGAGUGGGCUUCUAUGUUUGAAAAAAAGAAGAGGGCCUUGCAGACCGAUGGCUGGCCAGAAACUGAUUGUGACAAAAAGUGUGAUCUCACUGAGCAGCAGGACAUGCAGAAGGCCAAGUUAGGCCUCCUUGAAUGGAUGAAAGUACUGAGAGCUCAGCCUGAGCAAAGCAUUCAGCCUGGAGAAACAGUGGCAAACAUCCUAGAGGACUUAAGGUCAGCCUGGCGUUGGGGCCGUGUGCCAAACCUUCUGAGUGCCAUGGAGCUACUCAUGUGGACUGUGAUGCUGCAGGAUUCAGAAAAGGAUAUCAUACCGCAGAAGUGGUUGAUCUGGAAGCAGAAAACAAAAAUUGGUGCUCUGUCUUACGUUCCUCAGCCAGUGUGGGAUUGGAUCACAAACGCUGCAGUCGAAGUGACUCUGAACCAAGAUACAGCCAAUCCUGAUCUUCUCAUCUCUGGUGAUGAUAAGAGGAUGCGUUGUGGAUUUGAGAGGAAAGAUAUUCCCAACUACCACCAGCGCUUUGAUGGCUGGUGGUGCGCUGUUGGAUUGGUAGGCUAUGAAUCGGGCCGCCAUUACUGGGAGGCGGAGGUGGGUGAGCGAGACUGGCGGCUGGGCAUGGCCAAGGAGUCCGCUCUUAGGAAAGGCUUCAAGUCCCUCAACACCGACACGGGUUAUCUGACCCUGCGUUUGGAGAGAGGCACUGAGCUUAAGGCCCUCACCGUGCCCUUCACUGCACUGCCGGCGGGCCUCAUCCCUCGAAAAGUGGGUAUCUACCUUGACUACGAAGCCGGCCAGCUGUCCUUCUAUGACGUGGACCGGCGUGCCCACAUCUAUACUUAUAAUGAGCGCUUCCAUGAGAAGCUCUUCCCACUGUUUGGCACAGUGGAGAUCAUUAAUGAUCUGGUGAUAAGGACCCUUGACGCCAAUCCCCAAUGUCUCUGCGCCACAUCCUGCCUGUGGGGUUGAUUUCGUACCUGAACAACUUUUCCUUCAACAUCUCCAGUAGGUAUCAUAUUAAGGAAUAAAAAGGUGACAAGGUUAUUCAAAUCACUGGGAGGGAUCAGCGAUCCUGACAUUCUUGUGCUUUCAAAUAGUUUCAAGGCGUGACCACUCUCUGUGCUGCUGCUACUCUCUUUCCUCCAUAUUAAAAGGUGUGCUCACAUACUUGGUGUUCGGAAGGAGAACUGUACUAUCUACAUUGUCAUGUACUGUAAUUGUCAUCAUACACUGAAUAAAAAAAAAAGAGUUAACGAUGA